AUGUGUAAUGAUAAAGUAAAUAAAGAUGGGUAUUUGUUAUUAUCUCAAAAAGGUGAUAAAUCCAUAUUAGUCAAGUUGAUCAUUUCAUUACCUCCAGAGUUUAUUAAAUAUUUUAAUGAAAAUACUGGGGAAUCUGACCAAGGUGUCCAUUCUAUCCUAUCAUUUGCAAUGGUUAGACAACCUAAUGAGAAGGUUACCUCUUUUCUAAGAAGACUAUCAAUUAACUUUCAAAGGCAUAUAAAAACUUCUUAUAAUAGAAAAGCGAAAUCUAUUAAAUUACCCUCAAAAUGUUCUAAUUUUAAUAUAAUAUUUAGGAUUAUUAAACCUGAUGGGGAAAUAAUUAGUGAUAAUGAUAAAUUUGUUUGUAGUGAUUUAUUAAAUCCAAAAGUAUCCUACACCUUAAAUAUUGAGUUUUUAGAUAUUAAUAUUCAAGAAAUAUUUUAUCCAAUUUUGUCGAACAUCCCAAUGAUUGAACAUGCAGUAAUUAAGAGCGAUAUUAGGUGGGGAUCAUCUAUAGUACCCUCAGUAACAUUAUGUAAUGGUUCUAUUGAAGACUUUAUAUAUGAGUGGUAUGUUAAAGAAUCUUUGAAUAAAGAUAAAGAAAUGUUAAAUAACAAUUUGCCUUCAGAAUUACCAAAAGAUACCAUUGUAAUAUCUACUGGUUUUAUAUGUACUUUAAGUCAAAAAAUACUAGAAGAUUUGAGGAAUAAGUAUGAUUUGAAUGUACGAUUUAACUUAAUUUUACGAAUAACUAAUAAAUUAUUUUCAAACAAGAUGUUACAGUAUAUAUACUAUUGUGGUAGUAUAUUAGAACCUAUUCAUAAUAUUUGGCGUGAAAAAAGAAUCAAGAACUUUAUUAGAGGUUUUAACGAAACAAAUCAGGAAGAUGAACAAAUUCGGUUAGUCUCCUUCAAUAUUUUAGCUGAUAUAUAUACCCAGACACCAAAGGCACUAACUGAAAUGUAUAUCAGUUGUCCACAAUAUGCUUUACAGUCUCAAUAUAGAAGAAGUCUAAUAAUUCAAGAACUGAUAGAUUUAGAUGCAGAUAUCUUGUGUCUUCAAGAAGUACAAUCUUCUACAUUUGUACAAUUUUAUCAACCAAUACUUGCUUACUAUAAUUAUAAUGGGUGUAUAGCGGAAAGAGACAAAGAAAAGGGUGGAGUUGCAACUUUUAUGAAAAAGGAUAAAUUCAAUAUUAUUAAUUCACACUGCAUUCAUUUUAAUUCCAGAUUUAUCGAAAAUUAUCCAGAUUUAGUAGAAAAAAUAAGUAUUAUGUGGCCUCAAUUUUUCACAAAUCUUUUUUAUAAUAUUUCAACAGUAUACCAAUUUACUAUAGCUGAAAGCAUAUAUGGUUCGAUGUAUUUAGUUAUAAAUACUCAUUUAUUUUAUCAUCCUAAUGGUGGACAUGUUAGAAUAUUACAGAUUAAAUUAUUAAUGGAUCUUGUGAAGGAAUAUCUUGAAAUAAUUAAGCAAAAUUAUCCAGGAAAGGUAGUAUAUGUACUAUUAUUUGGUGAUUUUAAUUCCCUUCCUAAUUCUGGUUCAAGAAGACUUUUGCUUGAUGGCCAUAUUAGUUGUUUGCAUCUAGAUUGGAAUGAUGCAAUGCUAUAUAAUAAUGGAGAAAAUAAUAUUUCUUCAUCUAAGAUAUAUAAUUUGGAGUCUUCAUUUGGAAUUGAUAUUGAAGUACCAUAUACUUGUAUUGAUCUCUUUAAUCUCAAUACUUAUAAAACAGACUGUGUUAAGAUGAAACAUACUAUAGGAACCUCAAAUACAUAUUGUAAAAUAAAAGAAGAUCAGGAUCCUUGUUUAAUUUAUCCAUUCACACAUUUGGUUAGUGGAUUUUCUGGUCAAUUAGACUAUAUAUACUUAAUCAAAUCCAAAGAUAUAGAAGGUACUAUGAUUGAAAUAAACAGAUAUUUAUCUCCAGUUAUUGAAGAUGAUCUUCAACCUUACAAAAUGUUACCAAAUCCUGAAUAUGCCUCAGAUCAUAUAUCAGUUGGUAUUGAGUUAACAUUUCAAACCAAGAAAUAA